CCUUGAAAGUUCUGAACCCUCUCAUUUGGGCAUAUUCUCUUCUAUGUUUUAUCCCUCCUUCUCCCUCCCUCUUUCCCUCCCUCCCUCCCUGUUCUUACCUCUCUAAUUUAAAGAGAGCAGUGGAGGGAAGAGAGCUGGGCAUUGUUCUGUGGCAAGCUUCAGAGUCAUGUCUUUCUUCCUGACUCCAGUCUUGAUAGCUGUUAUCUUAGUCUUGAUCGGGCGGAUCUUUAAAAGUGAAGGUCCCAGCAAGAAAACUGAUGAUGAGUCUAAAACCAAGCCAGAGCACCAGCCGUGGGUAGAUGAAGACUUAAAAGAUAACACAGAAGACCACCAAAUAGAAGAUGAGGAUGAGUUGUACGAACCAGAAGAAAACCUUGAACACAUCCCAUUCUCCAGCCCACGCUAUCCUGAGCAUGAAAUGAUUAAGAGGUCCCAGGAAUUUUAUGAGCUUCUCAAUCAAAGGCGGUCUGUCAGGUUCAUAAGCGAUGAGCCUGUCUCCAGGCAGGUUAUUGACAAUGUCAUCAAAACAGCAGGAACAGCACCAAGUGGGGCACACACAGAGCCUUGGUCCUUUGUGGUUGUGCAAGAUGACGAAGUGAAACACAAGAUUCGAAUGAUCAUUGAAGAUGAAGAGGAAAUAAAUUACAAGAAAAGAAUGGGAGACAAAUGGGUUAAUGACUUGAAGAAACUAAGAACCAACUGGAUCAAAGAGUACCUGGACACAGCCCCUUUUCUGAUUCUCAUUUUCAAAAAAGUCUAUGGCAUUACUUCGAGUGGCAGAAAAAAGACUCAUUACUACAAUGAGAUCAGUGUUUCCAUUGCUUGUGGCAUCCUCCUUGCUGCCUUGCAGAACGCAGGCCUUGUGACUGUCACAACCACCCCUCUCAACUGCGGGCCUCGACUGAGGACGCUGCUGGACCGCCCUGUCAAUGAAAAGUUGCUGAUGGUCCUCCCUGUUGGGUAUCCCAGAAAGGAUGCCACGGUUCCUGACUUAAAGCGAAAACCCCUGGAGGAGAUUAUGGUGGUUGUGUAGACUGGAAACCUCUCCCUUGUCUCCCUGUUUUUUCUUCUUUCCUUUCCCUUAAGCUCAGCAGCUGCUCACUGUAGAUGCUAAUAGGCCUCGGUAGCACUCAAUUUCUCAGGGGUGACAGCCACCAGACAUAAUAAAUAGUUCUAACCUUCCCAGUACUUUGGAUCUAAUGACUCCUCAGGCCAAUGGACAGUCUGAGGAGGUGAACUGACAACAUUCCAUUUAAACAGCCAUUUGCUGUCACAUUUCCCAUUCCUCCUUCAGAAUGGAAUUCAAAUCUGCCUUCAGUUUCCUUGUUUAUUUUAUGAAAUCAUCAGCAGUUUUGUUGGCUGGAGAGAAAGCAAAGAAUUACCAGAUAAUUCAAUGAGUUUCUAGGAAAUUUAGUUUCCAAACUGAAAUAGCUUCAGACUAGUGUCUAGCCUUGCCCCUUAGUUUUCCAUAGUUUUUAUUUAAGCAGAUAAUUUUCUUUCUUUCUUUUUUUUUUUUACCACAUGCCAAUCAGAGCUUUGCUAUUAUAAAAUGGUCUCUCUGGGAUGCAGUUUUUAAUGUGCUCUAUGGAGUCGGUAGCAUUUUUUAUCCAUUCUUUACUUGAUGACAACACACAAAAAUAGAACACAGGGACUCAGUGAAGUAGAAAUACCUAUUUAACAAGGAAUAAUAACUAAUAGGUAACAUUUAUAUAGCACUUAGUAUGUGUCAGGCACUCGUAUAAAUAAUUUACAAACAUUAUCUCAUUUGAUCCUCACAACAACCCUGAAAAGUAGGUGUAUCAUUAUCCCUGUUUUA